AUGUCAAAACGAAAGAGGAACGUGGAGAGGGAGGAGGUUCAAGACUCGGUGGCAGAUCGACCCUCUAGCACUGUGCGCGGGAGUACACCUCGCUUCCCAGAGGAGCCUCCAUCCUCGAUGCAGGAGACCAUUCAGCGUGCAAUGGCCGUGGUGAAGGAAUCGAGCCUACUUAUACCGCUCUUCCCGGCGGUCGAAGCGCAUUUCCGGAGAACCAAGUCUACGAUACGGGUGUACAAAGAACGCGGCGUUGUUCGCCAUGCUGAGUCUAGCUCAACGAUGGUGGACUCAAGUGAGUCUGGUGGUUUCGACAAGGAGAGUAUCCGGAUCGGCUCUCCCGCCGAUGACGCCGUCGAUCUACGCAGCCGGGGAUAUCAAUCAGAAGCUCACAGAACCCUACGAAUCGGCACUCAGACUCCUGGAACUUUCGAAUAUUCUGACGAUGCCGCCCUUCCCACGCUUGAGCAUCAGCUUGUUACGUACGUCACUGCAGAUGAUAAGGAGGCCUUCUCCCAGCCGGGUGCCCGCAGCGAUGCGGACGCCGCUGCAUCUGCAACUGCUGCUGCCCAGAAAUGUGCUUCCCAGCUGCAGGCCAGCCCCGAGCUCUGA